AUGGUUCAACCGUACAGAAUCCCCGAAAAUCGAAUGGGCAGGCGAAAUCAGCCCCAAGUAAUAGCGGACAACAACACAGGAGUGGCCAGAAACCGCUUUAGCCGUAGAGAAAAUGCAGCAACGCGUCAAAACCAAACACGACAAACUAGUAAUUAUAGUACAAUUUCAGAAACUAUACUUAAUUCUGCCGGAAUUCCAAUUCAAAGGGAGGUCAUUUUGAUUCCUGAUGAUGACGAAGUGGAAACAUCAACAACAAAUAAUAAUACUGGCGGAGACUCUUCUACCUUGGUAGAAGUCAUCGAAAUACCAGACAGUGAUAGUGAGGAAGAAGACAACGAUCCGGCGAUAGAAUUAAUUUAUAUUUCGGAUAAUUUAUUGAGAAGAAUAAGAAACGUAGAUCACGAAGACGUAGGUUAUGUUUUAAGUCUAAGACCAGUAGAACAGCGUUCACCUUCCCCUCGUGAAGGUUUCACCACGAAUUUGACAGAAAAUUUAAAUCUGAUCUGUUCCGAAUGCAACCAACAGUUAACAAACGGAAUGUGUGCCUUAUUUUGUGGACAUGUAGUGUGCGGGAGUUGUGGGGAUGCUUUCGAAUUGGGCGAGAAAACUAAUUGCUCAGUUUGUGGAGAGGUCGUAUGUCUUUCAGAAAUUACACAACUUUAUGUUUAA